AUGGAAGCUCUCGGGUCAAAUAAUCAAAAGCAAGAUAAGGUAGUCGAGGAAGAUAUGGUGGGCUUUGUGAAUAUCUUCAACGAUGUAACUAAGCAGUUGAAGGAAAAUGACUCAUGUGUUGAUAUUAUCUCCAUAAUAGGCAUGGGUGGUUUGGGUAAGACUCCUCUCGCUAAAAAGAUUUACAACAAUAAUGAGGUGAAGAAGUUGUUCUCUUGUUGUCUGUGGGUUACUGUUUCUAAGGACUACAAAGCCAAGGAGCUUCUUCAAAGCCUUCUGAAAGGUUGUGGGUUAUCCAAGUCCAUUAAAGGCGAAGACAUAAGCGAGGAUGAUCAAAGGAGCAAGGUCCGGAAAUUCUUAGAGUCAGAGAAGUAUUUGAUAGUGCUUGACGACAUAUGGGAGCCUGAAGUUUGGGAUGAGGUAGAAUGCUUAUUUCCGGAUAACAAUAAUGGCAGUGCAAUAUUGAUAACUAGCCGUAAUGAUGGAGUGGCAAACUAUACAGGAUCAAAAUCUUACUACCCUCCAUUGCUAGAUAAAGAUGAAAGCUGGAAAUUAUUCUGCAAGAAGGUGUUUAAGGAAAGAGAGUGUCCUUCUGUUUUAGAACAUAUGGGUAGAUUAAUGGUCGAAAAAUGUGGAGGUUUACCACUUGCUAUUGUAACCUUAGCGGGAGUUGUUGCUAAGAAGAGGAGACUAACUGCUGAGUGGAUGAGAAUCAUGCGCAACGUCCUUUGGUAUAUUGACAAGGAUGAUGGCAGAGUAUCAAAUGUGUUAAAGCUCAGUUAUGAUAGCUUGCCUCAAAGAUUGAAGUCUUGUUUUCUGCUGUUGGGAGUGUUUCCCGAAAAUUAUAAAAUUAAUGUGAAACGAUUGAAACAAUUAUGGAUUGCUGAAGGGUUAAUACAACCACAAACAGAUGGUCCAGAAUUAGAAGAUAUUGCUGAAGACAACUUGAAUGAGUUGGUGGAUCGCAGCUUGGUGAUGGUGGCAAAAAGAAGGAGUGAUGGAGGAGUCAAAAGCUGCCGGAUUCAUGACCUUCUCCUUGAUCUUUGCAUAUCAGACAGUAGAGCUGAAAAAGGUAUACAGUUCUGCAGGGAGAAAGACAUUAGAUCCCUUGGCAACGUCAAAUCCUGUAGGUUGUCCCUCCGAGACAACGACUUCGAUUCAUUUAAUCAGUGUGAUCACUCCCGCAUCCAUUCUUUAAUGUGCUUUUGGGAUGGAUAUUAUCUAAACCGGUGGAUCAAUGUAAUGAGUUUCAAUUCAGCUCGCAUUUUGGACUUUGGAAAACCCACUUUUGGUUUAUCAUCACCAGCGGCCCAGAACUUGGGCACAUUCAUCCAUUUAAGAUACCUGAGACUAAAUGCAUUCCUCGAGACAUAUCCUGAUCUCAUUUGCGGCCUUGCGAAUCUAGAAACUCUAAUUGUUGAAAAAUUUGAAGAUGGGAACGUUUUUUGA